CAGUGAAGUAGAUGGAGGAAAAAGGAGCAUUUCGCGGAGAGGCGGGGGGAGGUGGAUAGGGGGUGUAGAGUGUGCUGAAAUCGAGAAUUAACGGGAGCGUGGACCGUUACAUAACCCGUCACUGAAUUGUUCAGUCGCGAUAAUCCGUUAUUGCAUAUACGGACACUGCAAACGCAGCCGUCGCGAGAUUACUCGCGUACGUUUAUAUUUACACGAGCACUAAAAUUAUUUCAUCUUCCUUAUAGCGGUUUUCAAAGGGACAUCCAUCCACACUCCUCCGAAGACAUGGAGGCGCCGGGUUUGGCUCACGCGAGCCCGCUGAGCCCACGCGAGGGUAUGGUCAAGAACGUGAGCCUGGAGUCUCUCCAGCUGUGUGAGAGAGACGGAAAGGCAGAAGACAGUGGUGUGGUGGUAAUGGAGGAGUUACCUGUUCCUCGCAACAUCAAAAUUAGUAACAUAACCUGUGACUCUUUUAAAAUCUGCUGGGACAUGGACCCUCAUACCAAAGAGAAGAUCACACAUUACUUCAUCGAUCUUAACAAAAAGGAGAACAAGAACUCCAACAAAUUCAAACACAAGGACGUGCCAACUAAGCUUGUUGCUAAGGCAGUCCCGUUGCCCAUGACAGUACGAGGGCAUUGGUUCCUGAGCCCACGAACAGAGUACUCAGUUGCUGUGCAAACUGCAUCCAAACAGACCGAUGGAGACUACUCUAUAUCCGAAUGGAGUGACAUUGUUGAGUUUUGUACAGCAGAUUACUCCUCUGUGCAUCUGACGCAGUUGCUUCAGAAAGCUGAGGUCAUCGCUGGCAGGAUGCUGAAGUUCUCUGUGUUUUACAGGAAUCAGCAUGAGGAGUACUUUCAACACUGCAGAGAGGUGCUUGGUGGUCGAAUGAUGCCCUCGGUAAAGGAUAACAGUGGCAGUCAUGGUUCACCUCUCAGUGGUAAACUCGAAGGGAUCGUCUUUAGUUGUAACACAGAGUUCAACACUGGUCAGCCUCCACAUGAUUCCCCGUACGGGCGCUUUCGCAUCCAGGUGCCUGCGGAGACUCUUUUCACCCCCGAUACGCGCCUGUACUUUGGGGACUUUUACUGUAUGUACACUGCGUAUCAUUACGUCAUCCUGGUCCUUGCUCCCCGGGGCUCCCACGGAGACUUGUACUGCAGCGAACGCCUGCCGGAGCUUGACGUGACGAACAACCGCUUCCUGACACGCGUGUGUGGGGAGGAUGGGCGUGUGGUAUUUCAGCAUGCUCAGGAUGUGAUCCUGGAGUUGAUUUAUACAGAGCCGGUCCCACUGGAACUGGGGACCGUCUCUCAUAUCAGCGGCCACCAGCUGAUGAGCUUGUCUACUCUCAAUGCCAAGAAAGACCCCAGCUGCAAGACCUGCAACAUUAGCGUUGGACGUUAGCCUUAACGCACACGCUAUGCAACAGAUCAGGCACAGAAAAAUGGCUCUGGAAUAACUAAACACAGCCAUGCGGAGCUAAAACUCUUUGGUGGCCUCCCAAACAUUCAAUCUUAUGAUCGACUUAACUUAAUGUAUUCACUCUAAAAAAAUACUGUGCGGAAGCAAAAAAGAAAACAAAUAAUGCAAGACAAAGAGUACAAGCUGAUUUUCCAAAAACUCUCCACUGUGAACCUUUCAUGCGUGUUUUUGGUGCUUGAUAUUCAAACCCAGCCAUUUUCAUUCUUGAACCAUGUGUGGUGACCUUCAUACUGGCUCUCAGUUCUUGUUAAAGUCAUCAAAGCUCUCUUAGGUUGGACAUCCAAAGUCAUACAUAACUCCUGCAUUGCUCAUUCACAUCAUUACCGGCAUGAAGACAUUUAAUGCAGUCUUCUAGACCCUCUAUUUGUCCUCAAAGAACAGUGCAAUGCAAAAAAAGACACAGAAAGAAAGAAUACAAGACGAGCAGCCUGUGUGUCUUGAGUUGUAUGACACUUCUGGAUCUUUACUGGCUUGAAGGCCUAUAUUGCAACGCCUUUUUCAUCCUAACUCCAUCUCUUUUCACAGAACCAUGCAAUGUAAAAUAGAAAAAGACAAGAAAUACAUCAAGAAGAGCAGUCUGUGUGUCUUAGGUGGGACAUCCAAAGUCAUACCAAACUCCUGCAUCAUUACCGGCGUGCAUGCCUAUAUUGCAUUAAUGACUGAUGUGAGUCAAAACGCACGUCCAGCAAGAACAGCAGCCAACCUCAGUGUUUCUUAGGUUAGACACACCAUAGCAAACAACACUCCUUCAAAUCAUUACAGGUAUAGGACCUCUCGGAUGUUGCAGUAAACUAGAAACAUGUAUUUUAAUAAAAAAGUGAAGAAAAGAAGUGUGUCUUAUUGAUGUGAGUCAAGACUCUGCUUACCCCAACAAACACGUCUACAUCUGGGACUUCUACUCCAUGUAUAUCCUGGUUGUGGCACUCUUGGACUCCCAUGAGGACUUGUAUAUCAACAAAACAAAGGUCUCCAAAGCUGGAUGUGACUAAAAACGUCUACUUUCUGAUCUUCUGCCAAGCAUCUGCAUGCUACAUGUGUAGUGUCUUGCUUCUCAAAGAAAGACAGCUUAGGCAGCCAUGGUCUUCGAACGUGUGCUUUAUUCAUACACAGUUUUUGCUUCUGCCGCAUAUACACCUAUGCACUCCUAUAUUUCAGUGCUUGCGUUAGAGUGCUAAACAGAAAACAUGGAACUGGAGUAAUAUGAAACUGGAGCCUACAACGUGAGCCUUUAAACCUUCUCCUGUCCUGUACUCUCAACGUGUUCAUUUCUCCUCUGAUCGCAGUUCUCCUUUAACUGUUUUUACUUGUGAAACAUGGUUAUAUUUUAAUGUUAUUAUUUUGCUGUUUUUGGGGAAUGUGUGUGUGUGUGUGUUGCUGUGUAAUGUGUAUGUUCCUGUUUGAACAUAAAACAGUGCUCAUAUACACCCUUGAGUUAAAUUGAUUUGUUUGUCUCAUUCAUUGCCCUCUGUUCUGGAGGAAAUAAACUGGUAGGCUUUAGUUUGA